CGCACGGCUGCAUACCUCCGAGUAAUUUCCGUCUGAGUAGUCGUCCCGACCCGAGUCCGGCGUGGGCUUCGCACGUGCUUCGACCUCACUCAAUUGUUCUGUUAAUGGGCAUAUUCCGUCCAGGGGGAGGAGGUGAAAAUAGAGUAUCAAAGUCACAAAUCAUUGCGGCUUGCCUAGUGUCUAAUAUGAUACCCUGUGGGCUAUCACAAGUCGCCUCAAUGACCCGAUGAUAAGAACCGUUCAGGCUAACUGUAGCACUUCAUUAUGGCGACGGUAGAUGGGCGUCCAGCCCAAUAUGGAAUCUCCCUCAAACAGCUACGCGAGCUCAUGGAGCAUCGCGGGCGAGAGGGAGUAUCGAAAAUUCAGGAGUUAGGAGGUGUGCAAGAAAUUUGUAAAAAAUUAUAUACAUCUCCUAGUGAAGGGCUCAGUGGAUCUCAAACCGACAUGGCACAUAGACGAGAGACAUUCGGCUCAAACACUAUCCCCCCUAAACCUCCAAAGACUUUCCUUCAAUUAAUUUGGGAAGCUCUUCAAGAUGUUACGCUUAUAAUUCUUCAAAUAGCUGCAAUCGUAUCAUUAGGGUUAUCUUUUUAUAAACCGGCGGAUGAACAAGACGCAGCAGUUCCUGAUGAUGAGGAGGGUAUACAUGGAUGGAUUGAAGGUCUGGCAAUUCUGAUAUCAGUAAUUGUAGUUGUCAUUGUAACGGCAUUCAAUGAUUAUACGAAAGAAAGACAAUUUAGAGGCCUGCAAGGUAGAAUCGAAGGAGAACAUAAAUUUUCAGUCAUUCGGAAAGGAGAAGUUGAACAAAUAUCAGUUGGAGACAUCGUAGUAGGUGAUAUAUGCCAGAUCAAGUAUGGUGAUCUUUUACCUGCUGAUGGAAUAUUAAUACAGAGUAAUGACCUUAAAAUAGAUGAAUCAUCAUUAACUGGUGAAUCAGAUCAUGUGAAAAAAGGGGAAUCGUUUGAUCCAAUGGUGCUAUCAGGAACACACGUUAUGGAAGGUAGCGGGAAAAUGGUUGUCGCCGCUGUGGGUGUAAAUUCACAGGCUGGAAUAAUUUUUACAUUGUUGGGAGCUGCUGUCGACGAACAAGAACAAGAAAUAAAGAAGAAACGAAAAGAAGCAAAAAAGAACCGCAAGAAGAAGAGUUUAUCAGGUGAUGAGGAAGCUCCAGUAACAGGAAAUAGUCACAUGGGGGCUGUCGGUACCGUAAGAACACAUGAGGUACCACAAAAUGCCGGUGAUGCCGCUCCGAAAAAAGAACGCGAAGAAGAUCAUUCGAAAAAAGAAAAAUCAGUAUUGCAAGCCAAAUUAACAAAACUUGCCAUUCAAAUCGGUUAUGCAGGUUCUACCAUUGCUGUCCUUACGGUUGUUAUACUUGUUAUCCAGUUCUGUGUGAAAACAUUUGUAAUAGAAAAUAAACCAUGGAAGAACGUUUAUGCCAAUGAAUUUGUGCGUCAUUUUAUUAUUGGUGUGACUGUAUUAGUCGUUGCCGUACCAGAGGGCCUGCCAUUGGCUGUUACACUAUCAUUAGCGUAUUCUGUCAAAAAAAUGAUGAAAGAUAACAAUCUUGUAAGGCAUUUGGAUGCAUGUGAAACGAUGGGAAACGCCACUGCCAUUUGUUCUGAUAAAACGGGUACUUUGACCACCAACAGGAUGACUGUUGUUCAAUCGUAUAUCUGUGAAGUUUUGAGCAAAACAAUACCCAAAUUUUCAUCCAUACCCACAAAUGUUGGAAACCUGCUGAUCCAAGCAAUUUCCAUCAAUUCUGCCUAUACAUCUCGCAUAAUGCAACCAGAAGAACCCUCUGAGCUUCCCAAACAAGUAGGUAAUAAGACUGAAUGUUCCCUAUUGGGAUUUGUACAAGCAUUAGGAAAAAACUAUCAAACUAUCCGAGACGACAUGCCUGAGGAAAUGUUCACAAGGGUGUAUACCUUCAAUUCUGUGAGAAAAUCAAUGUCUACUGUGAUACCACGACAAGGAGGAGGCUAUCGACUAUUUACAAAAGGCGCAUCAGAAAUUGUGCUUAAAAAGUGUGCAUUUAUAUACGGUAGAGAUGGCCAUUUAGAAAAGUUUACUCGGGAAAUGCAAGAAAGGCUAGUACGCAAUGUAAUCGAACCUAUGGCAUGUGACGGACUGAGGACAAUAUCAAUAGCAUAUCGCGACUUUGUUCCCGGCAAAGCGGAAAUAAAUCAGGUCCACUACGAUUCAGAGCCGAAUUGGGACGAUGAGGAAUACACUGUCAACAACCUGACCGCGAUCUGUGUCGUCGGUAUUGAAGAUCCUGUCCGACCUGAGGUACCAGAUGCUAUUAAGAAAUGUCAGCGAGCGGGAAUAACUGUCCGUAUGGUUACUGGUGAUAACAUAAAUACAGCCAGAUCUAUAGCGACAAAAUGUGGAAUUUUGAAACCAGGGGAAGAUUAUCUUAUUCUAGAAGGCAAAGAAUUCAAUAGAAGAAUACGUGACUCAAAUGGAGAAGUUCAACAGCAUUUGCUCGAUAAGGUGUGGCCGAGAUUAAGAGUAUUGGCAAGGUCAUCUCCAACGGACAAAUAUACUUUAGUUAAAGGAAUAAUAGACAGUAAAUCAACUGAGAGUAGGGAAGUUGUUGCUGUAACUGGUGACGGAACAAAUGAUGGGCCUGCACUGAAGAAGGCUGAUGUCGGGUUUGCAAUGGGAAUUGCUGGGACUGAUGUUGCCAAAGAGGCUUCAGAUAUUAUUUUAACAGAUGAUAACUUCAGCAGCAUUGUAAAAGCCGUGAUGUGGGGAAGGAACGUUUACGAUAGUAUCGCCAAGUUCCUACAAUUCCAGCUGACCGUUAACAUUGUAGCUGUAAUAGUAGCAUUUAUCGGAGCGUGCGCAGUUCAAGACAGUCCACUGAAGGCUGUUCAAAUGCUGUGGGUCAACCUUAUCAUGGACACUCUUGCGUCUUUAGCAUUGGCGACGGAAAUGCCGACUCCUGAUUUGCUCCUUCGAAAACCUUACGGCCGUACAAAACCCCUUAUUUCGAGAACUAUGAUGAAAAACAUUCUUGGCCAAGCUAUUUAUCAAUUAACAGUUGUAUUUUCUCUUCUGUUUAUUGGUGAUACGCUGCUGGAUAUACCUUCUGGGCGUGGUGCCGAACUCGGAUCUGGACCAACAGAGCAUUUCACUAUUAUUUUUAAUACAUUUGUAAUGAUGACUUUAUUUAACGAAAUUAAUGCUCGCAAAAUCCAUGGCCAAAGAAAUGUAUUCGAAGGGUUUUUCACUAAUCCAAUAUUCUACUCAAUAUGGGUUGGCACACUUUUAGCUCAGGCUUUCAUAGUACAAUUUGGUGGAGCUGCAUUUUCCACCCAUGCUUUAACACUGGAACAAUGGUGUUGGUGCCUUUUCUUCGGUUUUGGAACUUUACUGUGGAGUCAAAUCGUUACAACAGUUCCAACAAGGAAAAUUCCAAAAAUAUUUUCAUGGGGCAGAGGACACCCUGAUGAAUAUGCAGAAACAAUGCAUUUAGGUGAGGAAAAAUUUGAUCCAGAUAGUGACAAGAAACCUAGAGCCGGACAAAUUUUGUGGAUAAGGGGACUAACUAGGUUGCAAACUCAGGUGAUAGGUGGUGAAUUGCAAGAGCGUUUGAUUCCAGUUCCCUACAGCAAGAGCUCCACUGACCAAGCUAUACGAGUAGUAAAUGCUUUCCGUCAGGGUCUCGACGCUCGCUAUGGAGAGUCGCUUGCAGAGGUCCUCAGAAAGCAGACUUCCUUUAGUAAACGUCUCUCGCAGACCUCUUCCAUUGAUUACGCAGAUAAUGUAAACGACGAAUUGAUGAUACCGGAAAUCGAUGUCGAACGACUUUCCUCUCAUAGUCAUACAGAGACAGCAGUCUAGUCAUUAUUUACUUUAAAUUAAUAUAUUUCAAACACAAAAGUUUAAAACUGAAAAAAAAUGAAAAAUACACUGUUGCCUAAAGACAGGCCUCCAUUACCCAUUGUUGUUUGUUUCAUGGGUAUUAAGGUCUGGUACAUGUAAUUAUUGUACAUUAUAAUAUAGCCAAUAACAAGAUGUUUUAAACUAUGUAAAAGGGUUAUUGUUUAACUUUGUAGAAUGUUAUUUACAUUAGAAUGUUCAAUUUACGCCCUAUUACCUUCUCUGAUUCAUGGGAUGGGUUUGCUUGUUAUAUGGCCUCCUUAUAUUCUGCAUUAAUUUAUCAGUCUCCCUAAUCGCUUAGAAUUCUAUCUUAUAAAUAAAUUUUAAAAAACUUCUUCUCUUAACUAUAGGAUUACUUAUUAGAACUAAUAGUUUAACAAGAGGGUUUAAAAAUAAAAAAAAACAAGGCUAGCAUUUUGUAAUAUAACAUUUAAUAUUAAUAUUUUUUCUUUAAUUGUUUUUAAAUAAGAUGUUUAAAAUAUAAUUUACAAAGAUUUGUUAUUUUUCGGCACACACACUCACGCAUUCACACAGACUCAAACUCGUUAGGGAGACUGUAAAAUUGUUAACAUAUUUAUAUAUGUACAUAUAUAAAUAUUAUUGUUAAAUUUCUAAACGAUCAUUAAACUGUUUAGUCUAAAAUACUUUUUAAAAGUGGAUGAGGACCAACUGUAUAGAUUUAAUCUUCAUCCCUUUCGUUUUACUAAAUAUGACUUUUAAUUAUUUUACAUGUAUAGCGAUUUUUUUUAACUUAAUAAUCAAAAUCCUUCCUUUUAAUUUGAUUUCCAUAAAUAUUCCCUUUAUACAUGUUAAUAACGAAAAAAUUGGGCAGAACAGUUCGUCAGGCUAAGACAAUUUGAAUUUAUGAGACAUUGUGCAAUUAAGUGUAAUAAAAAUAAAUAACAUGAUGGCUUAUUCCAAAAGAAAUUUAUAACAAACGUGUGUUUUCAAGUUUUCAAAUUAUUCAAGAUUUAAAAGAGAAAAAAAAACACUUUCAAUAAGAUGUGAUUGAAAUAAUUCGAUAAAGACAAAAUUUAAACUUAAAAACACAACUUUGUAGAACUUUGUGGUUUGCCUGUCGCGUUAGUUUUAUAAUAAAUAAAAUAUUUAAAAAAAACACAACUUUGUCUUUUCAUGGAAAAAAAAAAUUAGUGAAUCAGACACUGGAUUUAGUAAUUUAUUUGGUGCUUCAAUUAUGUGCCAUGCAUAUAAUUUGCCAUUUUAGAUAGAACAGUUGUGUCGAAAAAUGCUAAGUUAAGUUGCAGGAUGAAAAAGUAAAAAAAAAAAAA